CCGCCAGUGGAGCGGCCCGCAGCACCAGAGAAACAAUGAUUUCGGUCGCAACGAUCGCGAGAGUUUCCGCGGCGGGCGCGGCGUGGCCGGCAUGCGCGGCGACCGCGGCCGCGGCCCGCCGCUCGGCGACGCCGCACGCUUCAGGGACCGCCCCGGCCGUGGCACGCACAUGGACAAGCGACCAGGCAACAUGGGGUCUUGGCAGCGCGGCGGGGCGGCGCCGCAGGGCACGGGGCGCGGCCGUGGAGCGCCGGGGCCCGCUGGCCCGCAUGCAGGACUCACUAGACCGCAGGGCAAGGACGGACCUAACCAAAAUCAGAACCAGGGCAUGAACCCCCAGAACCAAGCAAACUGGAACCAGUGGGCCAACAACUGGGGCGGCUGGAGCAACUGGCACCAGAACCAAGGCUGGGUUAACUGGGGCAACUGGGGCUGGGGCGGCGCGGGCGGCGCCGGGGCGGGCGCAGCGGGCGGCCAGGCGGGCAAGGGGCAGCAGGCGGGCGCGGGCGCGGCGGGCGCUGGUGGGCAGGGCCAGUGGAGCUACACGGCGCAGCAGUGGCAGCAGUGGCAGCAAUGGCAACAGUGGCAGCAGCAGCACGGCUGGCCGGGGUACCAGCAGGCGCAGGGCGGCCAGCAACAGGGCAAUGUGGACGCGCAGGCCUGGGCGCAGCAAUACCAGAAUUACAGCGGUGGCAGUAAUAACAGCAGUUCCACUCCCGCGGUGACGGGCGUGCCGCCGCCGGCCACGGACAAGAAAUAACCCUAUACAGAUGUAUAUGAAGGGUUAACUCCCUUUCACUUUCAAAGACAUUUGACAAACAUAUUAAUAUUUAUGCAACCACAAGGAUAUUUGACCUGGUGGCCAUAAGUCACAUUAAAAACCUAGCUAUUGCCCGCGACUUCGUCCAUGUGGAAUAAAAAAAUUGACAAUGUAGCAAAUGUUAGAGAUAAAUUACCUUUCUGAUGGCGAAAGAAUUAUCGAAAUCGGCCUCGUAGUUUUUGAGUUAUUUCAAUACAUACAAAAAUACAAAUCUUUCCUCUUUAUAAUAUAAGAGUAGACUGUCAAAUUCAAAAAAUCCAUAUAUACCGACGAAGAUUUUUGACGAAAUAAUCAAACUAAAUUACAAUAGUUCACUAAUUCCCUCCUUUUAUGUCUAUCGCCAUAGUUUUACAUAAUUUUUAAAAACUAACCAAACCUUCGGUCAAAUAUCCUUUUUAAUUAUGCUAUAGAACUCUGGGGUGACUAUUGUGUUAAUAGUUCUUUAUUACAUUUAUACAAAUACACUGAUCUCUAUAAAUGGACAGGCUAUAAAACGUAAUAUGUGCCUAUGUACUUUCAUCUUGGCACCGAUGGGCACUUGUGGCGGUGGCGAGGAUUGGAAAACAAAGAAUUAAAAUCAACAAGUGCAUUUAUUUGAAUUGGGUUGACGCAAUAGCUGUCAUUUCCUGGAAAAGACCUAUCCAUUUAUAUAGAUCAGUGUGCAAAUGUCACUGCAGAAUUCUACAAUAAUUAUCAUUUUUAAAAGCUAUAUGAAAGCAAACUUGCUCUUAUGUAGCUUUUAAACCAACUCUGCUACGUAUUUUUCUGACUAGUUCUUUAUGAGAAAAAAAAAAAUAUGAUAAAGCGUUGGAAGUGUUAAAUUCAACCUUUUAAAAUAAGGCAAAUGUUUGAAGAUUAACGAAAACUGUGUUUGAAAUGUAUUGUUUCUUAAUAAAAUCUUACUAUAUUAUAGAACGUAAUGCACUAUUUUAUAUAGUUGCUGCUUCUUAUGUUUUUAUUUUGAUAUAAAUAUAAAAAUAAGAAAUUUAAUUAAACAGUAUGCAAUUAUUUUGGAAUUGAAUAGCACACUCACUGCAAGUUUAAAAUUGUCUAUAAAAUCUUACAUUUAAUGUAAGGAAUAUAAGUAAACAAUUAUAGAUUUAAUAUAUUAGAAACAGAUUACCAUUCUUACUAAAAUGUGUCGUGUAAUUGGAGUUUAUUUACUCAUAAUAUAAGUAAAAAAAUAUUUAAUACAUAAAUAUCCUUAGAAAACUAAAACGUGGGUUUGUAUUAUAUAAAAUCAAUUCAUUGUUCUUUUGGACACUUCAGUGUAAACCCACGUUAAAAAUUACUAAUAAAUAUUAUAAGUCAGAAUCUUUAAAAAUUAUGGGUAUUUAUGUAAUUAAAUAUUUUGUUAAAGGUUUUUAAUAUAAGAGUUUUUGGUUUCUUUAAGCUAAGAGCAUUUUUCUUUUGCCUUUACAGAUUUAAGAUAUUUUUCUUCACGUAUUUUUCACAUUUCGUGUGAAAUGUCUGCACGGACUCUUGUGGUUUUAUUUUUAAAUGUGUAAUAAAGUAUUUUGUAAGUUAAUUAAGACGUUAAGUUGAAGAGUUAACGGUAGUUUUAGAUGUAACUUGGACCGCAACAUGUAUGUUUGUGUGAGUGUAUGGGCAGCGCGGAUGUAUAGCUCGUUGUAAUACAAUUAAUUGAUAUCAAAUAAAUUGUAUUAAGGAAUA